GGUCCGGGCCCAGCCCACCCCAGCUCAGGUUGUCAGCCAGCGCAGGCUAAUACUAGCUGAUUCCUGCGCACACUCAAGGUGGACCUUGAGUCGGACCUGACGCCCCCAACGCCCGGGCCUGGGUGUUUCCCCGCCCACGCCUCCUGCCGGUCGCUACCACCCUUAGCUUCUCAGACUGAGCUCGGCGCCCCGGAGAGGAUUAAAACUGAGAGAGGGUCUCCUGGUAAGGAUUCGGCUGUGCCAGUGGUCAUCACCGCGGUGGGAACGACAGUCUUGGGCGCUCUUAACGUCGGAAAUCAGUGGGCAAGUGGACUGAGCGCUGGCAGACUCCUGGCAUCAGCAUGAACUCCAGGGUCCCAGCUACUCAGAACUGGUUCAGCAGUCACCCGCCCACCACUGAGCCUGACUUGGAGCCUGCCACUGAAGGCUCUACCACAGACACCGCCACCCUCAGCCCAGAAACCACAAGCUUCAAUGACACCAGAAUCCCUGAUGUGGCAGGUGGUGCGGCUGGUGUGGGUACCAUGCUUCUGUCUUUUGGGAUCAUCACAGUGAUUGGCCUGGCUGUGGCCAUGGUUUUAUAUAUCAGGAAGAAGAAGAGGCUGGAGAAGCUGCGCCACCAGCUCAUGCCCAUGUACACCUUUGACCCCACGGAGGAACAAGAGGAGCUGGAGCAGGAACUACUGGAGCAUGGGCGAGAUGCCGCCUCCAUUCAGGCUGCCGCUGCCUCCUUGCAGGCCACACAGGGCAAGAGCGCUCUCUGUUCCCAGGGCCCUCUGCAGAGGCCCAGCAGGCUGGUGUUUACUGACGUAGCCAAUGCCAUCCACGCGUGAGAGGCCCGAGGAACAGACCUGGAUCUCUGACAAAGACAACUGCCACGGUGCCGCCCUCAGUGCUGCCCACUUCCUGACUGUCAAGACCUAUUCUCAGGACCAGAACCAGUGCCACCACUGAGGCAGGAAAGGGUUGCAACAGACCCCAGCUGUGCUGAGGCCCCACCCGCUGACUCUCAAGCUUGCAGAAAGAGCUCUGACCAGGCUGGUCAUUCGGCCACUGACUUCUCCUGAGCCCAUGGCCAUGGCACAGAAGACAGCCUUUGUGCAGGCACGCGAAGAGCCACUGCUGGCUUCCUGGUCUCCUGUAUCCCUUGCAUCAAGGUCUGCCUCUCUGAUGGGGAGAAAGGGCACAAGCUUGAAAGGGAGUGACUCUUUUUUUGUUGUUUUGUUUUGUUUUUGUUUUUGUUUUCCUUUUUGAGGCUGGAGUCUCUUCUAGGGUAGAGCGAGCCAGAUGACUGAGACAGGGCGGGGAACACCUUUCCCCCCACCCCCAGGGUGUCGCGGAAGGAAGGAAGUCUUUAUUUUAUUUUUAUUUAUUUUAAUUUAAUUUUAUUUUUGAGACAGGGUCUUGGCUAGCCUGGAAGUUGUAGACCAGGCUAACCUCCAACUCGUAGAGAUCUACCUGUGUCUACCUCUUUGAGUGCUAGGAUUAAAGGCAUGCAGCUAGAGCAGCGCCAUUCAUAAGCCCAAGAGGCAGGGAGAGAGCCGGAAAUGCCCAGGAGAUGCCCCAGGAAGGGCCCCACACGCCCAGGAGCUGUCCAUAUGUAAGAUAUUAUGGUACAUGGGUAAGCAGGGGGGCUUUGCCAUAUCCCCGGCAGUCAAGAUAGCUGCUGAGGGAGAUGAAACUGGGAGACCACAAAUGGGAAGAUGCACCUCCCCCAGAUGUGGGGAAAGGCCGCACACAGCCAUGGACCUGCUCCAUCUUGAGAGCAGGCCAGAGGCUCUCUGCACCAGCUCCACCUUGCAAGCUGACUCCCACCAGGCAAUAGGGAGUGGAGCAUUAUUACCACAGGCUACUUCCUCUCCUUCAGUGCUCAGGGCUACGUGGAAGAGAGAAACGAGGCUGGGUUCCUCUGUUCACUGUGUUUCUUCAGUAGCCUCCAUAUCUGCUUCUGGAAAUGGCUCCCUUCCUAGAAAGGGUUCUGGGGGAGGCUGUUGGUCUAAAGGUCGUCACAGGCAGGAAGCUGGUGGCUUUUAAAAGCUAUGGUUGCCUGAAAGGGAGUGUCCUUUGAGGAAAAGACCUGAGAAGUGAGUCUGAUUUUAGUUUUUCCCUUCCACUGUAUCUGCAGGAAGGGUCACUCAGUGUUCAUGGAAUCUUCCCUCAAAGUCUUGGAGGUCUGAGACUGAUACCAGGGGCAUCUGGGCAGAGUGGACUACAAAGACAGGGUGGUUUUUCUACACUGGGACACAUUGAGCAUGCACAGAGGCAUGUCCCCAACUUCACUGUCAUCCCUGUCCUGGGCUAGUUAGAGGGGAUGUGGGGGUGGACGUAUGCUAUUGGGCUGAUAUCACAUGGCAGGAGGUGAGGGGCUAGGAGGAUCCCACGGGGAAGGUUCUGGUUUUAUUCCUGCCUCUAGCUGCUAUAAAUACUGUUAGCACUUGAGCAACUGGAAAGCUGUGAGUAAUUUAGGAUGCACAAAGCUGUAAUUUAACUCCAGCAUCUCAGUGUGCGAGAGCAUUAAAGAUGUAAUUAAGAUGUUUACACAA